UGGCCUGACAAACAGGAACUGAGAGUCAGGUAACAGACACCUCACACCUCCUUCAGUCGAUGUGCUUGUGAAGCGCGUGGAUGCAAAGUUUUCAUCGGAUGAUUGAAACUCAUUUGUUACACUUUAUGCGAUAAAUGCGCGCUUUUUGGCAGCGGUUUUGGACGAACCGGUUUGUAUGCGUAGAACUAAAGCCGUACAAUCUUGCCUGCGCUCGAGGCGAAGCUCCUCAGGUGUUUUGUAGCUGCAGCUGAAAACGCAUUAAAGUUUAUGGAUUUAACGUUUUAUGCGUAGAAAGAUCGAUAGAGACCUCAUCAGUUCCGCUUUCAUUGUUUUUUUUUUUUAAUUUUCUUUUUUAACGUCUCGUACAUUUUUUUGGAAGGACACACGGGCAGCACAACAGGUCCAGGAUGGAACAUGAAGCAGAGAAAUACCAGCAGCGACUCCAAGCCAUAGCGGAGAAACGGCGUCUACAGGAGGAGCAGGAGCGUGCCAGAAGAGAGAUGGAGGAUGAAAAACUAAGACUUCAACAGCUUAAGAGGAAGUCCCUUAGAGAUCAAUGGCUGAUGGAUGGACCACCCACAUCUCCUGACAGUACAGGCCCUCGUUCUCCACUCUGGGGCUCUAAAGCUCAGGAUAUAGAGACACGCAUUAACAAAUUACAGGUAACGUCUGAGCGGUUGGCAGAAGAAGAGGUCAAAGUGAAGAAACAUAUUGAAGAUGGCUUCGAUCUACCCAGCUCAGACGCUCAGACAAACAGUAAGGAGCAGAGGGAGGCGGAGCCAGUUGAAACAGUUGUUACUGAGAUGGUCCCUAAUGGACCCAUCGUGGAGAAUGGAAAAGAUGAAACGAAAGAUGUAUCUGCGCAUGCCGAGAAUCAGGAUUCAGAAGUAGAAGCAGUCGCUGAUGCCGAGGUAGAAGCAACAGAGAUGACAACAACUGCUGCUGUUGUUAAUGGAGCUGUGGACGCAGAAACAUCACCCAAAACUCCAGAACAGGACGAAGCACCUCACACUAACGGCUCGCAGGUCCACCCUGUUGAUAUUAUCGGAGCAGGUGGUGUUACUAUGACAUUCCUAGGUUUCAAAGAGGCUGAGCCUGGGCACGGAGUAAAUGAGGAUGAGGAUAAAGAUGCCUGCGCAGUCAUCCGAGCAGAAAGAGUGAUCAUUACAGACGAAGGCGAGGAAAUUCAGGAGGAAGAUGCUGGGUCUGACGCAAAUGAUGAAGUAUCUGAAAGCACGGAGCCAACUGUCGUAGUGAAUGAAAUCGAGAUUGAUCCAGAAAUUCCUGAAGAUAAGGACCAGGAUGAAGUUACUGAAGAUCCCCAAAGUGAAGAUGAUUCUGCCGAGCCGGUGGUCACAGUUGAAGAAACAGUGGAGCAGGAGCUUACAGAAAUUGAGACACUAGAAGCUCCUGUGCAGGUCUCCCAGGCUCCGAUGCUGUCAACAACGCAACCGUCUCCUACAACCAGAUCAAAAACGGAGGGGACGACAACAGAAUCACAACCACCAAAAGAAGAAGAAGAGGAGGAGAAGGUCGUGGCAACCACUCGCAUCUCCCUCAGCGAAUUUCAAGAGGUUCCUCUUGAUGGAGAAUCACCAGAGAACAAGGCAAAAAGUGAAAGACCGCCCGCAGAACAAGAACCACUGAUCGCCAAAGCAGAGGCGCAGAUGGAUACCAUCAGUCCAAAUCGGGCAGAAGACGCUCCCAAACGAAAAACCUGCCAAUGCUGUUCCAUCAUGUGAACGUUGUUGACUGCACUCCCUUUUAAUACUUUGAGGUAUUUUAUAUUUUUGAUCUCGCCACCGUAUCCUUUCACUUUGCGGAGUCAUCAAAGCACACCGUGUUUGUACUUUUAGUAAAAAGCACGACUUUGAAAAACAGCCUUAAAUCUAAAAGACUUCCUUCCUGAACCGGAUUCCCAUUUUUCACAAUUUGAAGGCCUGGCGCUCUACUAAGCACACACAGUAGCCAUGGACAAAAAUGACUGCUUAUUUGUUGAUGCAUAUCCACCGGGGGCCUGAUGGUUUUAACACUAUGAUGUAAAAAAUGAUGUUUUAUCACGCACAUGGAAAUCAGCUUAAUACAACGACUAAUAAUUAUCUAUCUACAAAAGUGACAUAAUCAUGUACCAUGUGUGAUUUGAAUAUAAAUCAUAAUGUUAAUCUUAUAUUUUUGCAGAAAAAACUCAACUUAAAAAUAUUCCAUGUUGCACGUAAGUUUAAUAAAUUUACAAUUAAUUUCAAAUUAAGUUGAAUUAGCUUAAGUUAUUUAAACUUAAUAAAAGCAGCAGCUGCUCACUAGUCAAGAAAGUUGAAUUGAUUAAGUUGAUUAAACUUUAAGAAAAGUGCAACAAGGAUUUUUUUUUAUUGCUGGUCUAAGUUGAUUUUAAUGUUACAGUGCCCUUAACUGCCUGACAGAAAUGUUUUUAAGCCUAUCCAAUAAUAUUUCAGUAUACUUCUACAGUAUUUCUACAGUAUACUUCUGUUUUUAACAACAGAACCUUUGAGAUUUGUUUUUGACUUUUUAGAAAUUGACAACAGCUACAUACCAUGAUAUGUUAUCAUUAUUAUUCAAAGUUUUCAGUUCCAUCAGAUUUUUGAACACAAAUUACACUGAAAAAAAUAAUUCAUUGAAUUUAAUGAAUUUUUUUAAGGUAGGUGGUUGCAAUCAAUUUAUUUAAGCUACAUUUAAACAAAAAAGAUUAGUAACGUAAAAUUAAAUAUAAAACUUUUGUUUAAAUGUAGCUUAAAUAAAUUGAUUGCAACCACUUACCUUACCUAAAAAUUUAUUAAAUUCAGUGAAUCAUUUUUUUCAGUGUAUACAGUAAGUUUGAUGCAAAUAAAUUCUCAGUGCCUUAACUGAGUGCCUUGUAUGUACAGUAUAUAUAAAUAUAUAAGGAGUUAAAUGCAGAGUGCUCGAGUAUUUUGUAUAGAAAGUUUACAUUGGAAGAGCUGUAUAAAAAUAAAUAAAUUGAACAAAUGUUGUUAAAGUCUAUCAUUUUCCUUGCAAGCAUGAUGGAUGUGCUUAAAGCUUACUAUUAAUUCCAUUCAGACUGGAUUGGCAGGUAUAUUUGUAUACUGUGUAUUUUACUGAAAGAAAAUGACUUAAAGAGAACCAAAGGUUUCGAUACAAAAAUUCAAUACAAAUAAAAAAUAUUUUUUUAACAUUAAUCUUAAACUGG